UCUUGUUUAUAUUACCAAAAAUAAACAACAAGUAUUAAUUCAUUCCCAAUUCUAACCACUUCUCCUCACCAAAUUAUUUUUAAUUUUCCCUCUCCCUCUCCUAAUCGAUUCCAUCCAUCCUUCGAUCCCAAAAAAAAGAAAAGGAAUAAUUUUUAAACUCAGAUCAGAUCAUUCUCAGCACAAAAUCAUUCCUCAAGUAAUAUGAACUCAGGGAGUGAUGUUAUGGAGAAUUCGAAGAUCGAAGGAGACGUCGACGAGCAGACGAAUGGGAACAACAGCUCGAGCAAUAGCACAGUCGAAGAAAAUAACAACAAUGGCAAAAGAACAAGUGGUGGUGCUGGUGGAUCAUCUGUCAGGCCGUACAAUCGGUCGAGAACUCCCCGGCUCCGGUGGACGCCGGAGCUCCACCUCUGCUUUGUUCAUGCUGUUGAAAGAUUGGGAGGAGAAGAGAGGGCAACUCCUAAGUUGGUUCUUCAAUUGAUGAAUGUUAAAGGGCUUAGCAUUGCUCAUGUCAAGAGCCAUCUUCAGAUGUACAGAAGCAAGAAGAUUGAUGAUCCAAAUCAAGUUCUUGCUGAGCAAAGGCUCGGAUUCGAUGCCGCGGGAGAUCGACACAUUUACAACCUCAGCCAACUCCCAAUGCUGCAAAGCUCCAACAGCUCAUCAAUUCCAAGCUUAAGGUACAGAGAUGCAGUUUGGGGCAGCCAAUUAAUCAGUUCAAUGAGUUACAGCCCUUACACACCUUUUGAGCUCAACCAUGGCUCAUCAUCAUCAAUGGCUUCUGAUCAAAACUUCCACACAAACAACAAUAACAAAAGACUCCAUCCUUCUUGGAAGCUUCUAGAAAGACAUUGGCAACCCCAAAAUUUUUCGUCGAGCAGAUUCCAGGACAUCGCGAUCCGGUUGCCUCAACACGAGCCGUGUUUACAAGCCAUGAAUAAUAUUAUGAGCACCAAUUCGAAGAGGAAGAUCCCUAAUUCUGACGACGAUGAAAUUGAUCUCGAUCUAAAACUAUCCUUAAAAUCAUCGUUGGAGCCGCGGCCAGACAACAAGAUCAAGAGAUUGAAGAAAAGCUUGGAGCUUGACAACAUUAGUAAUGGUGACUGUCCUGAGGUAGACAGUAGGCUGUCCCUUUCUUUGUUUUCGCCGGGGAAAGAAGAUGUCGCCGAGACCGGAGAAGGCGACAAGAAUGCAAGCAAGUUAGAUCUGAGUUUGUGAAUGAGGUGUGAGGACAAUUGAUUGAUUAAUCUGAGUGAGAUUUUCAACUGCAAAAAAUGUGAAUGCCAAUGAAUUCAGACAGCACAGAUUAGCCCUGCCAAGGUAUAAUAUUGUUUACUCUCUUUGUUUUGUUUGUUUCUUUGCUAUUCUUGCAAGA